UCAUUAGGAUGCUCGACAACGCUUCCCGCGGUCCGUAGUCGGUCAUGCAGGAACAAGCAAUUAACGCCCGGCAAGGCACGGCCCGCUAAUAUGAGCUCGCCACAAAGGCGUCCAGCGAUGGGGCUGAUAUCUCUUUGCGGCACGGUAGUCUCGGCAUUCUCAACUACUACCUCCCUACAAAUUCCUGCAGUGCUUUGCCUUGCACUUCAUUUGGGGCCUUACAUCACGACCAUUUGUCUCUAUUGAACAAUCACAGCGCCGUUUCUCUUACACACGUGCUCUGAUCCCUGUCAACAACAGGCAACAUGCGUCUCUCCCCUUGGCUGCGUCCAGCCCUCGCGGCUCUUACGCUGGUUGCCGCUGCGGCAGCCAACGGAGCAGAGGGUGUCGUGCAAGUGGACUUAGCUUUCCCUCGCAACGAGACGUAUGCACCUGCGGAACGGUUGCCUUUCAUCUUCGCCUACCAAAAUGCGCAAUCGGCAACAUACCUCAAUAGCCAAAUUCACCUGGAUAUUUGGCCUCUCAAUGACAGCGAUCGGGUCACCUCACCCAGGUAUCGCAGUCACGUAUUCGAUGUGGGACAAUUCAAUCAUUCCGGUGAAGGGCCUCUCUUCGAAUAUUACGGCCUCAAGUUUGAUACCGAGGGAGUCUGGUUGAUGCUAUGGGAUCUGCGAUGGAGCAACUGUUCGGAGAACCCUUCAAGGCUGAACGAGAACCCCAUUUUUGCCGAUGGCACCAUGACACGACAGAUUGUCUUCACAACCAAAAACUCUGCGCCGAGUCUUGACCUGAUCGAGGCUACAAAAAACGCACAAUGCUCGAAUAGCUCAGGCGUUGCUCUGAACAUCACAGAGAAUAUCGAUGUUCCUGCCAGCACGACAUAUCCUGGGGGGGCCAAAUGCCCAGUUUUGGCGGCCACCAAUCCCGCCCCAAGCCUCUGUCUGCCCGCGAUUGAUUCUGCCACUGCCUCUAAAGUAUCUGCCUCCUUGACUAGCCAGGAGUGUCGAGCCACCUCUCCAGUAGUGGGUUGCGAUCCUGACGAUGAGAAGGGAACUGGGGCAAAUUUGGCGGUGGGUCUUGUUGCCACCUUGACAGUCACGGCAGGCGCCAUCGGUUUCUUGUUAUUCUAGAUGGUGUUCAGGCAAACAACGACGGCACAAUCAUCUAGUCUCACUUGCACAUGUACCCUGUAUAGUCACUUCAGUAGAACAAAUUUCAUCUCCGGUACCAACGUUAGUGUGUCAUUCGGUGCCGGGCGAGACCAACGAUCUAAGCUUGAGGCAGAUUGAAUGUACGGCUUAACUUCCUGUCAGUGCUUGGACGAAUCCUAUACAUAAAAGGGUUGCCUAGCUAUGCAUCUUA